AUGCAAUUGUUUCUUGUUGCCACUUUAAUUUUAAAUAUUGUGAGUAUAGAAUAUACUCAAUCUUCCUCACUUCAACAAACAUCUAUCAAUCAGUUUCGUGCAAAUGAAAUCAAAAAUGCAUUCAUAUAUGCAUUUAAAGGAUACAAAAAAUACGCUUGGGGGCAUGAUGAGCUUCAACCAGUUACAAAUACUAAAAGUGAUAACUAUAAUGGAUGGGGUGUAACAAUCAUCGAUUCGUUGGAUACUAUGAUCAUUAUGGGAAUUAACUAUAAUGAUUCUAGAGAGUUUAUAAAGAAUUUGGAAUUUACUCCAAAAGGUCGUGGCGGCUCGACGAAAAUCAAGCUUUUCGAAACCGUUAUUCGAUAUUUAGGAGGGUUACUUUCUGCAUAUGAAUUGACAAAAGAUGAGCUCUUUCUAAACAAAUCCAUAAAACUUGGCAAUGUUUUAUUACCUGCAUUCGACACACCCACAGGAAUACCAACAGAAAUGGUGGAUUUGGUGAAAAAAAAAGGCGUACCUGGUGUGUCAAUUCUUGCAGAAAUUGGAACAUUACAACUUGAAUUCAGGAGAUUAAGCGAGUUGAGCAAAAAUCCCAUAUAUUUGAAAAAGGCUCAGAAAGUAAUUGAUAUUCUUCAAAGAAAAAAAACUGAACUACCUGGACUUUAUCCUGUUUUUAUAAAUCCAUCUACUGGAAAUUUUGCAACAAGUAAAACUUCUCAAUAUAUUGAUAUGUGGAUAUCAGCGGUAAAGACAACUAUAGAAAAAUUAGUUUAUACUGCAAAAAACUUUCCACAUCUCACUUAUUUGGCUCAAUGGAAAAAUGGAAAACCAUACUUCGAAAUGGGCCAUUUGACAUGUUUUGCUGGAGGAAAUUUUCUUCUGGCUGGAAAAUUCCUCAAUAACACUUCUCUGAUUAAUCUUGGUCGUAAAGUAACCGCUACAUGCUAUAAUACUUACAUUGGAACUAAUACUAUGAUUGGGCCUGAAGUAUUUGGUUGGAUUUCACCGAAUGGUGUUACUAGCAGGAAGGUUGAUCGGAAGCAAAAAGCAAUGUACAAAAAACAUGGUUUUUUUGUUACAGACGCAUCGUAUCGAUUAAGGCCAGAAGUUGUUGAGAGUAUUUUCUAUGCAUAUCGAGUCACCCGCGAUCCUAAAUACCAGGAUUGGGCAUGGGGAAUCUUUAAAUCUAUAAACAAAUUCUGUAAAACUUCUACAGGAUUUUCUGGUCUAAAUAAUGUUACUGGUCUAAUUCGUGACUGGGAUAACACACAAGAAAGUUUCUUUUUGGCAGAAACACUAAAAUAUCUUUAUCUAACAUUUAGCAACACUAAUUUAAUUUCUUUGGAUGAGUGGGUAUUUAAUACUGAAGCGCAUCCACUUAGGAUUGGUGUUGAAGAAUUAAGAAAAAAAGACUAUUUGAUCGAAGAUAAUAUUGUUAGAUCAGAACCAAAUGAAAUCGAAUUAAUUAAAGAAAAUAAUAACAAUAUAAAUGAUUUUUCAUCUGAUAGUUCAUCAAAUACAGAUAACAUCGAUAUAGAUUAUAUGAAUGAAAUUGACAAUUUAGAAAUAAACAAUAAUAUAAAUAAUUUGGAUAGUAUUGAUGAUAUAUACA